AUGAGUUGUAGGGAGGGACUUAUGUCACCACAAACAGAGACUAAAUCAAGUGUUGGAUUCCAGGCUGGUGUUAAAGAUUAUAAAUUAACUUAUUAUACUCCUGACUAUGAAACCAAAGAUACUAAAAUACUAUCUCAAAUGAUUAAUGAUAACCCGAAUCUCUAUUUCUUUUUUUCGAUUUUCUAUUUCUAG